AUGGCAGGUGCCAGUCAUUUGUCUGUCCCAACUAUUGGACAAGGUGAUAUCCUGCAUAUCCGUGGUUCCCUUGGCAAGACUCCAUGCAAGGGCACUCCAGUGGCUCUUGUUACCACACCAAAGAGCCAACAGGAGCAGCUCCCCAGCAUUAGUUCAGCUCCCCCCGAAGGGUUCAAGAACAAGAGUACAGGUCUAUGCCUCAAAUGGUUGUGGUUUGAGACAGAGGGGGAAAAAACAAAAGCUGUGGAUGAAGACCAAAAGAGCACUCCAGUGAACAAAGACGGCCAAUUCAUUAACAUCCACAAGCAUCCCAAUGUAGUAGUCAUAGGUAUUUUAGCCAGCAGCCCCAAGUUACUCCUUCCUGAUCUGAUGAUUAUUGCCCGGGAAAAACAAGAAACAACUAAUAGAAACCUGAAGUCUAGAGCAUUAGAAAUCACCCGGUUGAUCCCACUGGACCUGGUGGACAUUUUUGUUCAUGACUCAAGCAAACGGCAGCUGAAAAUGCAGCUGCCCACGGGGGACAAGUAUUACCUGCAACUCUUGGGCACGGACGAGAAAGUGGAUUUUCUCUUUGAAUGCUGGAUGCGCCUGAUUUACCUGACACGCCUGACCAGUGGCAAGAUCAAGACUCCAGAAAACCUCCCUGGGAAGAAACCUGAGAAAAAAAGAGAGCAGGAUCAGCAUUCAGCUCCUAAACUGAAGAAGGAGUCUGCAGUUAAGGAGUCAGCAAAGGUCCAGCCCAAGUCGCAGGAACGGCGAACUUCCAAAUGGACUUCUGGGGGCUUCACCUCCAGGGCACCUGAGCAACCUUCAUCAGCAGAUCAUCUGGAGAAUGUCAGGGAGUGCAACUUUGAGAAAAGGAAGCGCUUUUCGUCAAGAAUAUCAUCUGAAUCUAAUCCCAUCCCAGUCACACUUCAAAAAAGUAAGAAAGAACUAUGUUUGUUACAAAAGACCAAAAUGGCAUCCCCAUUACACAAGAACCCUCAAGCCCUGAGGAACGAGGAUCCUGCUGCUACAUCAAGGAGGAACAAUCCUGGUCCAGCAACGUCACCUGGACCGCCAUCCCACAGCCAAUCACCACAACAAAAUCAACCUGCAUCCAGAGUUGAACCAAAGGCUUAUUCUACAUUGGCGGGAGCUGGUCCAUCUCAGGGUGUCCAAAGGAAAUCAAAAAUAGAUUUUGAGAAACAAAGCUUUCCACUUAAUCCUUCUUAUCUAGCCAACCAGAGCCAAAACAGUAAAAGUAAUAAAUAUUUGGGGAACCCAAGCAUGAUUCAGGGGGACAAGCCACAGGAUUUUUCAAACAUUUACCCAGAAAAGGGACAUCUCACUUCUCAAAAUGACACUGGGCACCAAGUUCACAGAGUCACAAUGUCAGUAGGAGUGGAGACUUCUCAAGUCAUCUGCAAGACAGUGGCUGUGGGGACCUCUGAAACAAUUGAUGCAAAUUUGAGCAACCUUCCCAACAAAUUAUUGAAUGCAGUUAUAUCCCACAAAGAUCAAAGUAAAACCAUAGGAAAACAGGAAAUGAGCGGAAAGGAGGAGCCUGUAGCCACGAGCAAAAUGAAAUCUGCAAUAAGCACAGCUAAAGGAAAAAACAGUGUUAAAUUUGUAACCCUCUAUAGCAUUCUGUCUUCUUCAUUGGAGAGGCUGAAGAAAUCAAGCAAGGAUGGUACUAAGUGCAUGACUCCCAAAACUUCCAAACAUGUCACAAUCUCUGGGAUAAUUGGCAAAUCAAGAAAAAGUAUUGUCCUGAAGGAAGAGAAGACCGGCAAGACCUUAGGAGACGGCACCUCCAAGAUUGAGUUUCCACGCAACCUGUUCAUCAUGCCAGAAAUGCAGAAAGUUUCAGCUGCUACACUAGACACCAAGAAAAGAAAACUCCCUUUCACAGCUCCUUUUGAUCCUCGCUUUCCAUUCACCAACCAGACUCGUAACUGCUACCAGAAUUACGUGGAUUAUUACCGUUGUCUGAAGAUUGUGAAAACUAAAGGCCAGGAUGUGCAGAGGUGUGAAUGGUACCAUAAGGUUUUUAAAUCCUUGUGUCCCACUAGUUGGGUUAAUCAGUGGGAUGAGCAACGUAAACUGGGAAGUUUUCCUGGCAAGAUAUAA